AUGGCAUCAUCUCCUACCAAGCUGAGGAUGACCGGUGGAGGGUCUCGACGAAAGUCUAGUAAAUCGCCGCCCGUUCAAAAGUUCGCCUUCAUCAGUGUAAAUCCUAAUGGAAACGAGCUGGAUGCUGAAGAGAGUCUGCGCAAAGUGCGGAGUCAUGUCACAAAGACGUACUACCAGAACAUUCGCGAAGCCGAGGACAAGGAGCAUCCUGCUGCAAAACACCGCAACAACCGAAAAACCCUGAGUCUGCGACCAAGCCCUCAUGCCAUCAAGACUACUCGACAUAGAAGUCUAACACCGCGAGCCGUUCCAAAACUGCGUGAAUCUCCCGAUGAAGAUGGUAGUAAUUCUGCCGGCUCUCCCAGUUCCUCCGCUGGCUCUGAUGCCGGCGAUAUUGUUUUCCAGGAGCUUGACCCUUCUCGGCUCGAUCCGUUCGAUGUACUACCAAUCAAGGGCCAUAUCUUGAUGGACAGAACCCUUCAAAUUUUCAGUCUCCCGGAGAUUCGGGAUUUGGCUCCCAAUCUGAUGCCCCAUUCAGGCCUCAACUCGUGGGGAAGAUUGGGUGGUAAGGAACGAGGUUGGCGCGCUGACCUUGGCUUGAAUGAAGAUGACGAACUUCUCUUCUCGCAGCGGCUGUAUUUUGCGUCUGUCCUGUGCGAUCAGAUGCAGAAGAAACAGCAGACCUACGCCACCUUCCAGUAUCAGAGACAAGUCAUCUUGCUUCUACAGGACAAAAUCGCGACGUAUGGCAACACAGCACCAACCGAGACCAUCUUAGCUAUCAUAGCAAUGGCUGUUCAAUCUAUACUUGCGGGCGACAUUGACCAAGCGAGAACCCACCUGAACGUGGCAUGGAAUUUUAUCAACACACGAGGAGGUCUUGCGACUUUUGUUCUACCGGCACGUAGAAUCAUUGCCUGGUCGGACAUAAUCGUUCGCACCGGUCUACGAGAAGAAAAUCCAUUGCAAUGGGAGCUUACUCUCGACAAUAAUUGCGAACCUGAGCCCGCUGCACUGGCAGCAGAAGCGUUCCGACUGGAAAAACUCACACUGGCACGCUUACCAGCCAGAACACGCGUUGAUGCUGGUUUGAUAUAUCGUUUGCACCUCCUUGGACUGGCCUCUAGUUGCGCCUGGAGACACUACGAUGAUCAUCCUGCCAUUCACAACGUCUUCUUUUGUGUCAUCCAUCAGCUUUCACAGCUGGCCGAGCAAGACGCUCUCUCGAUCAAUUCCUCUACCGAUGACCUAGCCGUGAUUCUACGUUGUUUGUCUGUGGCUUCCAGGAUAUUCAUUCGCGCCACGCUUGGUCAUACCUUCGAUAAUAUCGUUACAAGGCAGAACAUCGCCCGACUUAAAGAGGCUCUAACGUCCAGUGCCGAUGGAUUGAUGGUGUGGUAUCGUCAAGGUGCGGUGGAGGCACUGCUGUGGAUCCUCUUUAUUGCGAUCAAGGCGUUUCCGCAUUCUGUACCCGACCAUUCGUGGUUUGUGGCUCAAAUAGGGCCGGUGAUUAACUUUCAAAAACUCGAUCGGGCUGCCUUUGAAGCGACUAUGAAGGCAUUCCCGUGGACUGAUCAGCUUGGUAUCAAUGCUUGUGAGCAAGUAUAUGAUGAGGUCAAGGCAUUCCAGUCACCGAUGUCUAAUCAAAGACUGUCUCCGGUCUAA